AUGGGUAUAGGGGAAGCAGAGGAGGAAGGGCCUAUUUUCAAGGGUAUAAGGCGAUAUUAUUGUGAGUACUGUGGCAUCUGCAGGUCCAAAAAGACCCUGAUUGCUUCUCACAUGCUCACUCACCACAAGGAAGAGAUGGAAAUGGCCAAAGAGGCUGAUGGGGAAGGAGAGAGGGAAAAACCCAAUACUUGCCAAGAAUGUGGUGCUACUUUUAAAAAACCUGCAUAUCUCAAGCAACACAUGCAAAGCCAUUCCCUUGAGGAUUCAACAUUUUUAAGAACUAUCCUUUGGAUAGCGUGA